AUGUCUUCAGACGAAAAUACUUCUGACACCGAAGUUCAUGUGGAUAUACUAUAUAUUCAUGAGGUAGAUUCCUCACAAGAGCCGCCAAUGUCUGAAUGGUCUUCCCUUGAAUUAAAAAACCCAGAAAACAAUAUUAAACGACUCCUAUAUGAAGAAGGAGUGUACCGACCGGACAGUGGGGAGAUCUGUGCCAAGUAUAUACCUCUUUCUGCUAGUUCAAUAUUAAGACAUCCAUACUAUACGUAUCCAGGUGUUACAGAUCCUGGUAUAAUGGAAGCUCUGCUUUUCCCUGAACCUCUAGUCAAGUACCCAGACGAUGGCCAACAACUGUACCUUACAAUUUGUGAUGAAGCAGACAUAAGCCCAAUACGCAGUUUUUACACUCAAUUAUUGAAUGAUCACAUAUGUUUAAAAUACUAUGGGAUAAAUCAGAAAGGAUUUAGGGCUAUAGCAUUGGCUCUCAAUUAUAAUAAGUACGUUACAAAAUUAGACCUCACGGAUAAUUGGAUUAACGAGGAUGGAUGUUUUCAUCUAGGUGAAAUGCUAUUAGAAAACACAACUCUAUCGGAACUUAAUCUACAUGGGUGUAGAAUCGGACCCGAAGGAGCAAAGAGACUGUUUGCAAAUUUACAUAUAAAUCGUAGCUUGAGUGUGAUGAACCUCAGAAAAAACCGCCUCGGAGACAUCGGCGUACAAUAUUUAGCAAAAGCAAUUUUGUUUGGUGCCAGUGUAGAUAAUAUUAAUUUAAGCUUUAAUGAUUUAACAGGAAAGGCUGUUAUGAGUCUUGUAGAAGCUUUUGAAAUAAAUAAUAUAUUAACGAAAUUAGAUUUAUCGUGGAACAAAAUACUAUCGCCAAAUUCAAUCUUUCAGCUAUGUAACAUGCUUUCCCAAAACACUUCAUUCGAAGAAUUAAACUUAUCGUGGAACUCAUUAAGCGGAGUUCGUAUAGGAAAUGCUAUUAAAAACCUCAUGAGUAACAGGAACGUCAAACAUGUAUAUUUGAAUAAUAACAAGCUGGCUAAUGUAGCGAUCACUCCGAUCGCAAACGGAAUAUUUAUGUAUAAAAAUCUCAUCACUUUGGAUCUAUCAUACAAUCCUUUAGGACCCAAAGAUGCUUUAAUACUAUUGUUAUGCUUGAAAGAUAAAAAAGUGAAACUAAAAAAUCUAUACUUGGAUAAUGUAUAUGUUACAAAAGAAUUUCUGAAAAUCAGAAAAGAAAUUAUGUCAUUAAAUAAUCGUAAAAAUACAGUUAUAACAUGGGGAGGUGUUAAAUCUCGAUUCGUACCAGAACUCGGCGACAUGCGAGAGAUAGUUUUAAACAGAGCUGAUGCAUUAUGUAAGAAAAUGAAGAAACCACGAGUCGAUAUAGCUUUAGUGAUACUACAGAUAUUUAAGGAAAACAAAGAACCGAUACUUGUUAAAGAAUUUGGUCGCGCUUUGAGAAGCAAUGGAGUAUGUUUAGAUGAAGAUUUACUUCAAGAAUUUUCAAACUGCUUUGUUGGGCCCUGUAAAGGGAAAUCGAACCGUACUAUCAAUUUAGUAGAAUUGGCAGAAUAUAUGGAAAGAAAAUGGCCUGAAAGAAAACUUCCCCCUACACCGACCAAUUAA